CAACGUCAGCAACUUUUGAGCUUGCAUCUACGUACGUAGUUAUAUAGAAUUAGAUUCAGAUCAGAAUGCUAAAGCUAGACCAAAAAAUUUACAUCUCAAUUGAUCAUGUUUUCAGGAUUUGCAAGGAAGCUUAAGUUUAACAGAACUAUGGGAGCCAAGGGAGUGUUUAACCCUAAUAUCAAGGGUGAAGAAAAAGAAAGCUUCAGCCAUAUCAAGAAAGUUCCAGGCACGAAGCCUCCAUUCACACUUAGCCAAAUCAAGAAGGCCAUCCCACCCCAUUGCUUUGAAAGAUCCCUUCUCCGUUCAUUCUCCUAUGUGGUUUAUGACCUGUUGAUAAGCUCUCUUUUGGGCUAUAUUGCCAUCACUUACUUCCACCUCCUACCAUCUCAUCUUGCCUAUAUUGCAUGGCCAAUCUACUGGAUUCUCCAAGGCUGCAUUCUCACUGGUCUGUGGGUCAUUGCUCAUGAAUGUGGUCACCAUGCCUUCAGUGACUACCAGUGGGUCGAUGACACAGUUGGCUUAAUCCUCCACUCUGCACUUUUUGUCCCAUACUUUUCAUGGAAAUACAGCCACCGCCGCCAUCACUCAAAUAUAGGGUGCCUCGACCUCGACGAAGUGUUCGUCCCGAAGCCCAAGUCCCAAAUCCCAUGGUAUUCCAUGUACCUAAACAAUCCACCAGGCCGAGCUUUAGGUCUUGCUGUCAAACUUCUGCUUGGCUGGCCCUUAUACCUAACCUUCAACGCCUCCGGGCGACCUUACGAUCGCUUUGCUUGUCACUACGAUCCCUACAGCCCCAUAUAUUCUGAUCGUGAAAGGCUUCAUAUUUACAUAUCUGAUCUAGGCAUCUUUGCUACAACAUUUGUGCUCUACCGCAUUGCUAUAACACAAGGACUAGCAUUUGUGAUGAGCAUUUAUGGGGUACCAUUAAUUUUUGUUAAUGGAUUCCUUGUCACCAUCACAUACUUGCAGCACACUCAUCCUUCAUUGCCACAUUAUGAUUCCACUGAAUGGGAAUGGCUUAGAGGAGCUUUGGUAACUGUGGACAGGGACUAUGGGAUUCUGAACAAGGUCUUCCAUAACAUUGCAGACACACAUGUAGCUCACCAUCUUGUAGCUACAAUACCUCAUUAUCAUGCAAUGGAGGCUACUAUAGCAAUCAAGCCAAUACUGGGUGAGUACUACCAGUUUGAUUCUACUCCAUUUUACAAGGCUUUAUGGAGGGAGGCAGGAGAGUGUUUGUAUGUUGAGCCAGAUGAAAAGGGUGUUUUCUGGUUCAGGAACAAGUUCUAAUGUUUCUGCCAUUAAUAUCAAGAUAGCUAGGCUAGGUAAGCCUGAAAAAGGACGAAUAUGCCGUGUUUUGUUUAAUGUUUAUCCAUGAUGAAGGGAAAACGGGUAGCCUUCUUAAGGUGUUGUUUGGGCUAUAAAUUAAUGAAGAAAAAAAUUU